AUGCUCUGGCUCAUCCUCGUCCUCCUCGCCCUGCUCUGGGCCUGCCAAGCCACCACAACCUCCCCAACACCAAGAAAUAACGAUUCCGCCUGCCUCCUCGCGAACUCGACCCUCUCCUCCCUGCACUCCACGCUCCCAUCUCCAGCAGCCCCCGCGGACUUUACAUCCUACAUGGACCGCCACGAUCCCUUUACCCACGGCUGCACAACCCCCUUCCCCCCUACCCUCAACUCGGCCCUAAUCGCCAGCGCCUACGCGCACCAGGCAUCCUGGUACAACGCCGCCCAACGCACGCUGGGCCCACUGAUCGCGCAAUGCGAGGAAGACACUGCGUUCUUCCACUCGGACCUCAAGACGUACAAGACGAUCGGCUUGCGGCACGGACUGCCCGCGACCUGGGAAGAAGUUGAGGAGCAGUUCGCGGCGUGUCCGGAGAUCCCGGCCUCCGAUGCGGCCGCAGCUGAGGGAAGUGGAAAGAAAGGGGGCGAGGACGACGAAGAGGACGAGUUAUUCGCGCCGCUAGCGGAGGAGGUAGAAAACACUGCAACAGGGCCGAGCACGAAGCUGCCACUCUUUGUGUUCAUGGUCGCGAGCGUGCUUUUUAUGGGCCUAGUGUGA